AUGUUUUUGUUGCUGUCUCUAUGCACAUAUUAUGCUAACAAGACAGUCUACUUUUUUCUGGGGGUACCUUUUGCAUUGAAUGUGUUCUUGGUGCUCAUAGUGCAAAUAGAAGACAAAUUACUGGCCAAUGAUCUUUUUUAUAAUGUACCGUUGGCCAUCGAUGCCGUAGCAGCCGUGUCCUUCUUUGUUUUGAAUCUAUGCGCUGCCACCUUGCCUUUGACUCCCUUUCGAAGAAUCCCGACUGGCAAAGAACUAUUGAUUUUCUUUCCCCCACUCUUUAUCCUGCAUUUUAGUCUAAUAGCGGUUGCUUGGGAUGCCUGUAAGCGUUGGGUUUUCAAUGAAUACUCGACAAGCAACGAAUUUAUGCCAGAAGGACGUAGCAAUCGUGACCAAAUCUAUGAGCAGAAAGGAAUGUUGCUCAAAGAGUUUGAUUCACCAGAUCGCGAUCAUAGCAUCUACUGCUUCCAGGUGCUUCCGUUGCUUAUUCUUGCAUGGAUAUUCAUUGUAUUCCCAGAAUAUAGAAAUGGACUGGUCGAUCGGCGCGGAACAAAGAUUACUACUGAAUCCGGCGCCGGCAGGGAGCAUCCCACAAUAGAUACUCCACAGCGUGUCAUU